GCCUUGUGGAAGUGGUUCCUGGAGAAGGAAGAGUACUGUUCGGCAGCCAGGUAGCACCCCUCGACGGUGCACACGUAGCCAUCAAGGAUAGGGAUGGAGGCCACAGGGGCUACCUUCCUCUGUGGGUGGUGGAUGUGCUGGGGAACUCGGUGACGUUGCAGGGCAGGAUCGAUGGAAGGGGGCAAUCGAGACAUGUGGUGCCGUUUUGCAACGUGGUUUUGGAGUGCACUCCUUUGGACUGCAUGUCCACAAGCCUCGCACACGAUGCAGAGAUGUUCGGGGUCGAUGCCUAUCUGGAGCGUUUUGAAGUCUUCUUCGGGUUGGAUGAGCAGGCGUCCAGAGGGACGGUGGGCAGUGGGUUGCGUUGGAAGGUAUUCGUCAUCUUGGAUAGGGUCAAGGGGGCGGGUGGUGAGGGCAGGGGUGUUGGGGACCGUCGUGGCAGGGGAUGUGGAUGCAGAUGUGCUGGUGGCGGUGAGGCGAGGAGUGCUGCGUGACCUGGAGGGCCUCGUGUGGGAUACCUUGGCCAACCCCUUGAGUUGGAUGAUGUGCUUGUGGCGGGCAAAGUUGCGAGGAUUUUCAUGGGUGUAUGUGCAUUUGGGGCAGUGGAAAACACCAUCUAGUCGGGAAAGGGUUAGGUCAGCGGUGAUCCUUACCUCUGACUGAUGGACUGUAGCCAUGUGUGUCCUGCAUUCGUUGGUGGUGGCAAACAAGAGUCGACAUGCCUGGCACUCGAGAUGGUCG